AUGCUCAAAAGAUACAAGUAUUUAUCUUCCAAAUUAAUUGUAGUCUCCGUCAACAUGGUUUCGCCAAUCACUGGUGUUUGCUUGGAUGAGAACGAGAUUUUAUCUUGGUCCCAUGAGUAUGGAGCUCUUUGCUUUUUAAACUACGAGUUUGCCUCGUCCUAUCUUACAAUAGAUUUCAAUCACAGCACGACAGAUUCGAAAUUGCAAAAAGAUGCUCUUUAUGUGGACGCAAGCAAACUAAUUGGCGGUGGUGUUAAUUGCCCAGGAAUUUUACUAAUGAGACAAAAACUAAUGACCAACAGUACAUGUCACCCAAUGGAAACCCCCAAAGAUGUGCUUUCGCUGAUUCGAGCAGCACUAGUGUUGAAACUAAAAGAUGAUGUUGGAGCAUCCAUUAUACAAAGAAUGACUCAGCGAUACACGGACCGAGCGCUUAAGGUGUGGUCCAACAAUUCAAAUUUAAUGCUUCUUGGGACCAAUCGUACAACUCCAGAAAAGAUGAAAGAAAUUGAAGAUACUAUUAAGGGCCUUUGUACAUCAGUGAAAUUAACACAAUUGACACCUGGGUGGACCACGCUUCAACUUCAUUACUUUUUCGAUGAUUCCACAGUGGAUUUUGUUGUCAAAGCAGUGGAUUUCAUUGCAAACAAUGGAUGGAAAUUUUUACCCUUCUAUGUGUUCAAUGAGAAAAACAAUGAAUGGAAUCAUAGAAAAUUCGACAAGCUGGUCAAUCCCGUUCGCCUUUCAGGACUAUUUCAUGAUAAUUUUUCGAACCAUCUCAACGCUCAUAGAAAGAAGUUAACUGACGUCACUUUUUCAAUGGAACAUUGGAAUUUGCAAGCUCUAACGGAGAACUCCAUGACACUGAAACUGCGAAUGUCAUUUUCAAUUACAAUUCCAUAUUGUCCUCUGCUGAAAGUUUGA